AUGACUGAUGCUUUCAGUAGCAACAGUGAGGCAGUUCUCCAACGCUCUGUGAACGUGUCCACCAUCGCAGCAGGUAGCUAUGGUGGACAUUUGGUGGAGCUGUAUCAGAUAGUUGAGACUUGUCAUUUUGUCACUAGUCAUCAAUUCAAGAAGGUAACCUUACAGUUUCCAGAUAAACUCUUGUGUGAUGCUGUCCCAGUCUCUGCAGAAAUAGAGAAAGAAACCAAAGCAAAGAUAUUUGUUUUAGGAGAUACGUUCUGUUGUGUAGAUGAAGUAGCCGCAGAACAUGUAGGAGCAGACUGUAUAAUGCACUAUGGGGCAUCUUGCCUCUGCCCAAGUAGACGACUGCCCCUUUUGUAUGUGUUUGAGAAGAGACCUAUUGAUAUCCAGCAGUGUGCUACAGCUUUUAAAGAGCUUUACCCUGACUGCCAAAUUAAUUUAUCUAAUCUCUUUUCAGGUUUUCUCUGGAAGUUCUUGUGUGAUAUGUAUGCCAAUGUUGUGGUCUCUAUUCUAAAAGCAGAUGGUGCUGAUCUAAUCCAGGACAGCUUCUUGGGCAGUGAUAACUUGGACUUGCAUGAUGGAGUCAAUAUUAAAUUUGGUAGACAGUUUUGUGUAAAAGAGGGACAGAGCAUUGAUGAUUACAGUAUGUUCUACAUUGGCCAGGAAGGCCUGACUCUUACAAACUUCAUGAUGGCUUGGAACCAUUGUGCCUUCAGCACAUUUAAUCCAGAAACGUCCACAGGCCAAAUGAAACGCUAUUAUGUCAUUGAACGGGCCAAGGAUGCUGGUGUGGUGGGCAUUUUGGUGGGCACAUUGGGUGUUGCCAACUACCUGACCAUCAUUGAGCAGCUGAAAGACAUUAUUCACAAAGCAGGCAAGAAGAGCUAUAUGUUCGCCAUGGGAAAGAUCAAUGUUCCCAAGUUGGCAAACUUCUUGGAAAUCGAUGUUUAUGUGCUAGUUGCCUGCCCAGAGAACUCACUGCUGGAUUCAAGUGAAUUUUACAGACCUGUGGUGACUCCAUUCGAGAUGGAGUUGGCUUGCAAUAAUCACCGGGAGUGGACUGGAGUGUAUGCCACAGAUUUCAGAGAUUUACUGCCUGGUAUGUCUUUCAUUGCAUUAAUAGUUAAUGGUGCUUGCUAAUGCAAGGAUCACAGUUGCUAUUGUCAUACAUAGCAGGGGCAAGCACCAAUCAGACUUUAUUUUGAAAAUGGAAAAAUCUACACAGCACUAGAAAAAUAUUGUAAUGGUAAUAUUGUUUUGCUUCAUAUUAAUACUAUGGAAAUGGGGUUUGAGAUGCCUAUGCUAAGAUAUGUAUGUUUUAAAUUAUUAUGCUCCAUGUUAUAAAUCUAGGAUCAAUAGUAGAUUUAUUGACUGUAAAAUAAAUUAAUGUCCAUAUAUGUUAUUGUUCUGUGAUCAAUGUACACCAGAAAGAUGUAUAUUAUAGGUGGAAGCAGCCAUGUGGACUUCCAAGAACCGAACCACUCUACCAAUGCGGAGGAGACCACAGAUGUAUCACUUUUCACAGGAGCUCUGCAAACUUCUUGUUCCACCAAUUCGUCAAGGAUAACAAAUGGCACAUCAGUGUCAUCUUCAAUUGUCCUCAGGAAUCAAACUCUCACUGUAACCAAUACUAACACUGCAGGUACAGAUCCAGUAGUAAUAUCAUUGCAGAAAUGACUUCUUAAGGUUCAAGCUUGGAAUUGUGUACGUCUUUUGAUUUGAAGCAGAAUAUAAACAGGAAUUGUUUCUUUUGCAGCAUAAUUUUUUGGCAGGCCGUAGUUGGAGGGACUGGAGCCCAAGUUGGGGCAGACGCCAGUGGUGAAAGCUCUGGAGGGACGGAGAGGCAUUGCAGUUGCUUUUGAGGAGGAGGGCGUGAGAAAUGGAGACUCUUCAACAACACCUUUCCAAAAGUCAUAACCCUCAAUUACAAUUGGACCAUGAGAGGUCAUCGAAGGACUGCUUUCAUGCACUGUUAUUCAUGUACUGACAAAUCACAUCAAAGAGUAUUUUCCACCACUCUGGAAAUGAUGGCGCUCCAUCUGACUUCCAACCCCUUAAAAUAAUUUGUCUACCAAUCACAAUACUGGUCAGAACCCCAUUUUUUAUAUAUUUGUCUCCCUAAUUUAUGGCCGCCCCAUCACCCAAAAUACAAAGUCUGGGGCAAAGUAAAAUUUGAGUGGCCAAAACAGAACACAAACAACUCUGAACUUAAAAUCUUGGAUCUUAACACACCCCCAAAAGACUGACUGUGGGAUAUUAAUUUUGAUGGUAAGUGGUCAUAUAAUUGCUAUACCAUUGUCUCUGUGUGUGCUCAACACUGCAUUUUUUUUAUAUAACAUCAGAGUAUUGUUUUAUUUCUGUAUGAAGCCCUUUGAUUUUUCAACAAUGAGUUUUUAUAAAUUUCUGGUUAUUUGUUCAGCAUAAAGGAUUGAAAACACAAUUAAAAUUUUAUGCUUAAGAUUUUCAAUUGCCAACUUUUAUCAGUCUGACAUGCCUGUAAUCAGGAGGUGGUGGUGCUUCUAUCAGUUACUGCAGGCAUUUCUUCUGGCAAGGUAUGAUAUUGAUAACUAUACUUUGGAUGAA